AUGGCAGAACGUCGUAGUGCACGGGCAGGCUCGGCAAGUGCUCCUUACGACCUGACAAAACCGGAGAACUGGACUGUGACAAAACUGAGAGAAGAACUGGCGAGAAAUAGUGUACCCUUUCGGCAAUCAGACAAAAAGAGUGUCCUGAUCAGAAAGAUGAAAGAUCUCGACCAAAACGCUUCCUCGGAGAACCAGAUUGCUGAAUUUAGAUCGGGCUCGAGUUCCUCUCGUCAAAUCCAAGAUGGCGGCGACAAAAACUACGAGACGCUUCUACAAUCUAUAUCCACGCUCACUAGCACGGUUUCGAAACUACAAGAGGAACUGAGAGUAGUUUCGAACAAGGUGAAUGCCCCGUCAUCAUCGACAACUGCGACAGGGAAUCCAGUCCUGCCCCCUGCUCCGGAACAGACCCAAGCUGCAGACGUUGGAUUUACAUUACAGUCAGCGUUACAAAGUCCUGGACAGAGCACUGAGGAUGGAUCGUUUCCGUCGCCUGGCUCCACAUGCAGACCAGCUGCCGAUGACGUGCCCAGAGUAUUCGAGCCUCAUCCUCAUCUAAAGAAGCAUGCUGACUAUCUGGUUGAUGCCUCCAUCGAGCCAAGCACAGCAGCAACAUACAGAUCCGGAUUGGACUGUUUUCUAAAAUUUCUCGUUAUGUCGCGGGUGUGUCUUGCAUUUUGUAAAUUGCCGGUUAUAAAUGAGGAUUUACUUGUUUAUUUUGUCACACACUGUCAAUUAAAUUUGAAAUUAAGGUAUGAAACCAUCAAAACAUACCUUGCAGGAAUACGUUUUUUCUACUUGAAGGAAGGCCAAUGCCUUAUGUUUAGAGACUUUGAAAGACUUCAUUGUGUACUACGUGGUGUUAAAAAGCAGCAGUGCAAUAGCAAAUCAAAAAGAUUACCUAUCACUUUUUCAAUUCUAUCUCAAAUUUGUGAUUGCCUUAACAAGGGUGUUUUUUCACCCUGGCUAGAUCUGAUGUUAUGUUGUAUAUGUAAAAUGGCUUUCUUUGGUUUUUUGAGAUGUGGUGAAUUUACAACAAAUUUUCAUAAGCAGCAAGAUUAUUUAACCAUACAAAAUGUCACUUUUGCAGAAGAUGGUUCUUUUUAUACUUUGACACUUAAUUCCUCUAAGACAGAUCCUUUCCGACAAGGGAUUGAUAUUAAGGUGUUCGAGAAUUCGCAUUUAAAUCCAGUUAAAACUAUGAGAAUGUAUUUUGAAAGUCGACUAAAUAUUUGUCACACACAAAACCAUGCUGCUCUAUUUGUUGAUGAUGAGGGUAAUCCUAUGUCCAGAAAUUUUUUCCUACUACAUGUGAAACAAGUCCUAUCCAGGUUAGGUUUUGACGAUACUAGGUACUCAGGUCAUUCCUUCAGAAUUGGAGCUGCCACUACAGCAGCUGCCGUUGGUAUUCAAGAUCAUUUAAUUCAGUCAUUAGGUCGAUGGAAUUCAGACUGUUAUGCAAGGUAUAUCAGAAUCAAUCAAGAUACCAUUCAGUCUGCACAAACUAAAAUGUGUUCAUUUUAAGAUGUUUCCUUUUUCAUCAUUUAUCUUCUUGGGGGCAUUCACUCACAUCAAUACUUAGUACCCACUACUACUUGAUGUUCAUUCAUUUUGGCCUGUUUUCCCCCAAUUUCAGAUAAAUUUUUCUGCAUUAUAUAAUUAAUUAUAGCUACCCGAUGGUGUCAACCCGGGUCCUUUCAUGUACCUGAUGGUGUCAACCCAGGUAUCUCGAAAUUAUCUCAAGUAUCUCAAAAUUUAAGCCUGACGGUGUCAACCCAGGUUCCAUUCAUUAGAACCCGAUGGUGUCAACCCGGGUACCCUCAUACUCAACCUGAUGGUGUCAACCCAGGUUUCUAUGGUUACAGUUUUAGCUAUAAAUUCCUGACGGUGUCAACCCAGGAAGUUAUUUUUAUUUUUUCUAUAUGUGAGUAGCCCCCGAGAAGGCCAAAGAUGUAUUGUGUAAAUGAAAUGGAUGAUAAAAUUGUUUUUGUUUUUCCUUAUGUUUUGACUAUGUUCAAUAAAUGUGGAAAUUUCAAUUGCUC